CCCAAUCUGGUCCUCUUAUGUUGCUGCAAAGAUAAGCCCCCGAAGUGCAUCUAUUCUCCGUCCUGGGUGGAGGGCUUUUCGCUUACAGGCACCUAACAGGGGGCCUUCUGGACUGUUUGACCCUCUAGCUGCAGACUCAAUGGCAAGAAUAGAACACUCCGCUGUGUCCAGUCCCUCGGAUUCAGCCAGCAUUGCUUCGAUCAUCACCAGACAUCACGCUUUCUUUCCAUGAUGGCGUUUCAUGUUUGCUUUACCUGUUGCCAUAUCACAUCUCGGCCGCUGUUUUUGACAUGGCUGCCUUUGCCCAUGCAAUAUGGUGCCUCCAGAGCCUGAUUGUGACAUGAGGCGCAUGGGCGCUUAAUCCACCAAUCUUGCAGGGCUGGCCGAAUGAAGAACGCACUUUUGGCACGAAGUGACUAACAUGUCAAUCCGGCCAUGGCCUGUCGCUGAACAUGCACAAUACUCCCCAAGAACUCCCACCACCUUCCCUCCCCCUCCACCUCCGCCCAGAGAUGGCCAACCUGCAGCCUCUCCAGCACGGCCCAGAAGUCUCGCAAUACCGUCUCCAUUGACCAUCAAUGCUACUUCGCGUGCCAUCCUCACGCACACUCCGAUUUCCGCGACUUCAUUGCAUGGCCCGGUUUCCGCCUCAUACAUCCCGUCGCCAGGCCCAAGCCCCAGGACCUUGUUGCCUAUGGCUGGAAGAGCAUCGUCCCAAUAUAAUGUCCCCUACGACCCAAGAGAAUGGGCUGGUGGUAGCCGCAGAUCGUCCAUGGUGAUAGAAGGGCGAAUUAAUGAGGCCCAGCCUGAGGGUAAGCUUUACUGUCCUGACAUCGUGAUACAUGAAGGAGGACAGGCGGCUCACUUCGUGAUCUGUGCAGAUGGCAUUGCGAGUCCGCCACCACCGUAUUCAGCGCCCCCAGCCCGUGAGGCCGCUGCUUGUACCAGUGCCGGAUCAACUAUAUCACCAGCGGAGUCGACGUUUACCGGGGGUAAUCAGUCCCGGAUAGAUACGCCUGCUAGCACGGCCGGUCUUUUGUCGCCAUUCAACCAAUCAUCGAAUCCUCUGGAUGAUGGCAGCGGACAACCCAACAUUGCUAAAGCGACGCAACCUGGCAGCCAUGCGGUGGCUCGAACGAUUGGCACCGAUAGUCGAGCACCUCGACUGAGCUUGGGAUCGGAGCAUGUGGACUCGAGGCCGGCCUCCUCCCUCGGUACUACACGACCAACCUCGACCAUAUCACUUUCCAUCAACACUACCGCAGCCCAGCAGAGCUAUGUGUCUGCGACGUUGCAGGACAAUGAGGUCAACGCUGGUCCGAUCCUGGGUCCUGCAGCCUCUAGAAGAGCUGCUUCUGCUGGCGCUGCUUCCUCUCACGACUCAAGCAGUCAAAGCUAUGGCGGCUCGGCCUCAAGGUCGUCGUCUCGGCAACGUAGUUGGCAACCUGGCAUGCCUUUGCCUGGUCCUCCUCCUGGCCCUCCACCGACUUCUGCGAGGUCACAGAGUGCAACUGGCGUGCGUGCGCUCUCUCAAAGUCAAGCGACGGGCUCCAACACUCGCUCUCAUCAUCAUCGCGUACCAUUGCGUGCACCAGUCCUCAGCCCAAUGCCACCUACGCCAGCUAAUUGGAGGGAUGAUUCGACUUCCCGUGUCAAUCCGCGGGCACCGGUCUCGUUGCACAUAGAGACUACCAAUCUGGAUCGCCCAAGCAUCACUGCUGCCGGGUUGAGUCGAAGUGCAGCAAUGCGUGUAUCUUCAGCCAAAGGUCUGCUCGAGCGGAGGAAGCAUAGGCAGAGCCUUCAUGAAGGAAGUUUGACCGAUCUGAGCGCAUUGACCAUUGAGACCGACCCAUGGCUGGACGGUAUAAGUCCUGGAGGGCUCAGCACCGAUCACUCACCAACUCUCGAUUCGGUCUUAUCUGGACCUUCGAGUCCGGCGACAGACAGGAGAGCUUUGCGCCGGGGCUCCGGUCGACCACUCACGCCUCUUCUGCCGCCUAAGGCACUUCCAACCCCUCCAUUGAGCCAGCGAAAUCCCACUUCUGCUCAUACUAUGCCGUCUAACGCAUCGUCGAUAUGCGGAGUGGUUCCAGGCGAGAUUGACGACUUUGUCACAACAGCAUCUCGGCGACACCAGGAUUUUCUCCUUCGCGAAAGCAAAGCUAACACAGACUUGGAGCGGUUGCAGCUCUUCAUGGAGUUCAUGGUUGGGGAGUCGCAAAUCCGAAAACAAGUCUAUCCGGCGCCCUUCGUAGAUGGCAGUUUCGAUGCGUCAGAGGCUAUGGCGCGCUUGUUCCAGGGUACCGCAGACAAACGCACUCCGAGCUCUGCCACUGAUAAAGAUCGGAUCAACAUGCAUGGUCAGAAUCCAGAUGGCUUGUGGUGGAAAGAUUACCGACCCGCACUUUCGCCAAUCGCCAGUAUGAGCAAUGAUGAAGUCAGCUCUCGCGGGCGUACUUCAAGCCGGUGGUGGCAAUCUCACAGUGGCUCGGAAGUCGAUGGCGGGCCUAAAAAGAUGAAGAGAACGAAGAGAGAAUCAAAGUAUAUGGGUCUGUCUGCUCUGUCAGUCCAGGAAGUUCUCUCCGAGGCCGCGACUCCUACCAAUUUCGACGAAUUGUACAACAAGCAAGAAACAUACCCUGAGGAUAAGGCAGAUCCUGAGACUUUCGGCAUCUACGAGGACAUCUUGAAUGAUCCAAUUCUGGGCGGCACAUCGGAAACUGUGUCCGAUACCGCAGCCAUGGACGUCUCGAGGUUCAUUACAUUGCCCCCACCAUAUCCCAGACACUAUCCUGCUGUCAAUAAGAGUCAUCCGAAGUUGAUUGCGUACCGAAAUGUUGUCAGAAAAUUGAGUGAUCUAAGUGAAAUAGAGCGUCGAAGAGGUCGCCACGAUUUGAGUGUGGAGGCCCUGCGAGCAGAGUAUCAACGUAGGGUCUCUGAAGGACGAAAAGCAUUCAAAGCCAGUAUCCAACAGCAAAUUGAGGAGGGGAACAUUAGUUAUGCAGAUGCAGCUGAGGCCGAACAGACAUUACGGAUGGAUGAGAAUGCCGCCGAAAAGAGCUGCCUUCAGGCCGAAUUCGACACACUUCAGGAUGUGGUGAUUAACCCUAUGCACGACAUGCUCAACGACCGUGCCUGUCAGCUCACUAUCAGUAUCAAUGAUCUGAUCGAGAAUCUGGUGGCGGAAACGCACACUUCGAACUUGGAUCGACCACAACAAGAGGGAGAUGCGAUGCCCGAGAUUCUUGAAUAUUUGACACAGCUCAAAUGGCUAUUUGAAGCGCGGGAACACAUCCACAAGGAGAUCUUUGAGCUUCUCAGCGUACGGAAUGAGAAAUACAAAGCAAUUGUAUUGUUGCCGUAUCACCAAGUGGGCAACCUGGACAAGAUUCGAGACACUGAAGGAUUCUUUGCUCAAGACAGCCUUCAACGGAGGAAGACGUUCUGCGAGGAAUCGCUUGAACGCUACCGAGCGUUUGUUCAGCUUGUUGCCGAGAACGUCGCACAGGAGGUAGGCUUGCAAUCAUCGGCCUUCUGGGACAUUGCUCCUAGCCUGCUCGAGCUUGUGCACAAGAUCCCCGAUGAUCUAUACCAGCUAGGGCCGAUUGCCAUUCCAGACACUGAAUACGCGGAAAACCCGGCGUAUCAUGAAUACCCACAACAAUACCUAUACACACUGCUCGACCAUGCAGAGAAAUCGACUUAUCAAUUCAUUGAGUCGCAGAUCAAUCUGCACUGCCUGCUGCAUGAGGUGAAAGGGGCUCUGCUUGGAGCAGAGUAUCGAGCCGCUGAGGCAAGCAGAGCCCGCGAACAACUUGACGGCCCGGUCUCAGGCGCUGACCCAAAGAUGGUGGAGGAAGAACGAGAAGCCUCGGCUACUGCUGAGCUGAAGCAGCAUGUGACGAUGAUCGAGGAACAAUGGCUGGAAGCAUUGGGUAGUGCGCUGCAAGGCAAGAAAAAACAACUCCAGGUGUUUUUGGAAGAUGUUGGAGGAUGGGAUGAAUCGAUGCAGGAGGAAGGAUGAACAUAGAAACGCUUGCGUAGGCAAAGGAAUGCUUCUCCUUGGUGGCAUCUUCCUGCACGCAGGCUGCCUCAUUUACUGGUAGUCUAGUUGUUGAAGGGAAGAUUGAUGACUGGAUGGAUAUAAUGACUACACUUGCCGUGCUGGGGAUGCAUCUUCGCAUCUGGUACGAGUACUACACAGUACGCUUCUCAACUUC